AUGGCGUUCACGGUGCGGCGGUCCACGAUGGUGAGGCCGGCGAGGGAUGUGCCGCGGACUCGGCUAUGGAACUCCCACCUCGACCUGCUGGUGCCGCGCUUCCACACGCCCAGCGUCUACUUCUACCGCCGCUCCUGCCCUGAGGGCGAGAGCUUCUUCGACGGCGAGCGGAUGCGGUGGGCGCUGGCGGAGGCGCUCGUCACCUUCUACCCGAUGGCCGGGCGCCUAGCGUGGGACAAGGAUGGGAGGGUCGAGAUCGACUGCAACGGGGAGGGCGUGCUGUUUGUCGAGGCCGACGCGCCCGACACUACCGUUGACGACUAUGGCGACUUUGCGCCCACAAUGGAGCUCAAGCGCCUCAUCCCCGCCGUCGACUACACGGACGAAAUAUCCUUCCCGCUUGUCGUGCUCCAGGUGACCUACUUCAAGUGUGGAGGUGUCUCCCUCGGCGUUGGCACACAACACCAUGUUGCUGAUGGCAUGUCCGGCUUGCAUUUCAUCAACUCAUGGUCUGAUCUUUGCCAUGGAGCUAAGAUUGCUGUCAUGCCCUUCAUCGACCGCACCCUCAUCCGCGCUAGAGACCCCCCGACACCAUGUUACCCACAUGUUGAGUACCAUCCAUCCCCAUCCAUGUUGUCACCAUCCAUGCCCCAGGAUCUCUCUGCUAAGCGAUCAUCACCUGCCACCACUGUCGACAUCUUCAAGCUCACCAGCUCUGACAUUGGCCGCUUGCGCUCGCAGCUUCCCAGAGGCGGCGAUAUUCCACGGUUGAGCACAUACACGUUGCUAUCUGCGCAUGUCUGGCGUUGUGUCUCUCUUGCACGCGGCUUGCCAUCUGAACAGCCCACCAAGCUGUAUUGUGCCAUUGAUGGGAGGAAACGGCUAAAGCCCCAAGUACCAGAUGGUUUCUUAGGCAAUGUGCUAUUCACUGCCACACCAAUCAUGGAGGCAGGCAAGGUAAUCAGUGGGGUGGCAGGUACAGCAAAGAUAAUCCAAAUGGAGCUAGACAGGAUGGAUGAUGACUAUUGCCGCUCAGCAUUGGACUACCUAGAGCUCCAACCUGAUUUGUCCGCAUUGGUCCGAGGAGCGCAAACCUACCGUUGUCCUAACCUCGGGAUCACCAGCUGGGUUAACCUGCCCGUCCACAAUGCAGAUUUCGGAUGGGGCCGACCGGUAUUCAUGGGUCCUGGUGGCGUCGCAUUUGAGGGGCUAGCUUACAUCCUGCCAAGCGCAGACAAUGAUGGUAGCUUGUCCAUCGCCAUCUCAUUACAGGCCGACCACAUGAAUAAGUUCCGACAUUUGAUCUACUUGGAACUGUAA